UCGUGAUUAGCACAUUUCAACAGACUCAGGUGGCAGUCCUUGGUGAAGUUUGGCGCCAGGGUCAGAUAGUUACACCGAGUCUGGUGGGUCUUGUUGUUUCACCACCUGUUGAUUUUUAUCGGGACUAAUCAUGUUGCCAUUGGGGACACUGCGUAAACGCAUCGAGCCAGUGGUCCUAUGUGCCCAAAUAGCGAGCGCGUUUUUCGACACCGGUUUGCAGAUGGUGGUGAAAGAGCAAUGCGCCAUUGCGACUGAUGCGCUUAAUCCAACCCCCACCGAGGACAGCCGGCAGAAAGCUAUGUCCAACUUUUACAUGAUAUAUAAUAUGCUGUCCAAAUUCGUUCCGAUCCUACCCGCCAUUAUCUUAUCCAAGGUAGGUGACCUGGGGUACCGGAAGAUCCCCAUCGUGAUCCCUCUGGUUGGUUACCUGGUCUCCAGAGUGGUCCUGCUCCUGGUCAUAGUGAUGGAUCUCCCGAUACAGGCUAUGUUCGGCGGGGUGGUGGUCCACGGACUCAGCGGCGGGUUCUGCUCCUACUGGGCCGGGGUCAUGGCCCUGGUGUCGCUCACCUCCACCGAGGAGGACCGCUCUCUCCACAUGAUGCAAAUGGAGCUGGUCUAUGGCAUAGCUGGACUCAUCGGUAGUUUGGUGUCUGGGCACCUCUUCCAGUUGUACAGUGUGGACUUUAAACAGGGGACAGUGUUAGUGAGCCUGAGUGUCUUCCUCUACUUUGUGUGUCUCGUCUACACAAUGUUUAUCUUUCUAAUGCCAACUGUCUCGCCAAGCGCACAAGAGCGCAACGAGACCAACGGUAUCGACACGCAAUAUUCCAAGAAUAUUCUGAACAUUCUGCUUCUUUUUGCGGGUGGGAUUCUAUUUGACGUGGCGGUGGGAGGAGGAAUGGAGAUACUGGUGACCUUUGAGAUGAAGGAGCCACUGAACUGGAACGCCACCCAGGUAGGUUACGGUAACGCCGCCGGGUUCCUGGUCUUCCUGACGAGCUUCCUGGGUGUCAUGGUAAUGUCCAGAUGGGUGAGUGACGUCACCCUCAUCAUCAUCGGCAUGGUGUCCUUCGCUGCCGGGAUCUACUUCAUGGCCUUCGUCACUGCAACAUACAUGUUCUAUCUGGCACGAGCUCUCACACUGUUCGCCCUGAUUCCCAUGCCCACCAUCCGUGCCCUACUGUCUAAACAGGUCAACGGCUCGUCAUAUGGGAUCACCCUCAUCUCACUGCAGCUGUCCUUUAAGAUCGCCAGCCUGGCCUACACUCCCAUCUACACCAAGGUGUACCAGGCUACGCUGGACUGGUUUCCCGGGUUCGUCUUCACCCUGUCCAGCAUCUUCACCGUCCUCGCCACCAUACCUGUCAGCGUGGUGGGCUGCAGAGCUGGCCGUGCUGACGGUUAUGAAAGGAUCCUGGGGGACUGAGGGUGGUGAGGUCAUCGUGUCACCACGUCAGGCUAUGAGACAAUACUGGGGGGGUACUGUGAAUGUUGGGGAAACUGCACUAUAACGAGCCUUUGAUUGAAUCCCAGCCUGAGACUGAGCCAAUGGACAUGAACUGACGGGGUAUUAAUGAGAAGAGUGUUGACAUUCUCCAGAGGUUGACUACCCAUGGCCUUAAUAUAGAAUAAUCAUAGACUGAUCCACUGCCUACUACCCAUGGCCUUAAUAUAGAAUAAUCAUA